UCGACCCACUUCGACUCCAAGGUUCUAGCCAUGAAGCUCUUCUUGAUCUUGAGUCUCGCCCUGUUGGCGCUGGUGUCGAGACUUGCCGAAGCUCAAACAUGCGGCUCGCGUCUUCGUAAGGACUGGGAUAUGAUGACAGCGACCGAGAAGACCACGUACCGGAACGCUAUCCGAGCUGCAAUGGACUCUGGUGCUUACAUCAAGUUCGUCGAGAUGCACACCGAUAUGAUGUCGGAGAGAGAGGCACACCGUCAGUGCAUGUUCAUCUACUGGCACCGUUAUAUGCUGGUGGCUUUCGAGAACAUGCUCCGUGGCCAAGGUGCAGCCUACGCUUGUGUGACGGUGCCCUACUUCAACUGGAUCACUGCUAGUGCUCGUGUCACCUCGGGUGCUUGUUCGUCUAUAGGAAGCUGCUCGGCCAUCGCCCGGGAGCUCGGUGGAUGGACGAGUGGCACGGUACGCACACUGGCAAUCAACGGUAUCAACAACUCCGGUCGCUGUGUCAACGUGUCACCACUUGACCGCUUCUGCCAACUCACCUCCACGACGGGUGCUGCCUGUGCCCGGUGCGUCCCUCGCAGUGACUGGAGUACCGUUCGCGUGCCUUCAUCGACCAGUUACGCGGCUGUCCGAAACCAGGUUUUCAGCGGAACAAACAUCGGCCAAAUGUCUCCGUUGGUCGAGCAAGGCUGCCACAACAAUGUACACGCCAACUUGGGCAGCACGAUGGGGACGUUCGCUUCCCCGGCUGAGCCGCUCUUUUGGUCGCACCACGCUAUGGUCGACUUGCUGCACGUCAUCUUCCACAAGUGCCGUGUUGGAACGACACGAUUGACCUUCGCUCAGAAGGCGUCGCACCCGGUGGCUUGGACUUCGUGCGCUCGUCGCGACUCGAGUGUCGCGUUCAGACCGACCGAUGUGGUGACGAUGCGUACGGGUGAGCGAGGAAUCAAUCCGAUCCAAGCUUCAACCGACCCUCGCGUCGGUCGGUUCUUCACUGGCGUUCCCAACCAGUUCGCUGGUCUAAUGGAUACCCGUGACUUGGGUUCGAGCAGCUACGGAUACUACGUCAGUGGCCAAGUGGCGACCAUGUACACUCAGUGUGACGCGUCCCCGAGAUCGCGUAAGUUGGCGGAAACGAACUCAACGUCCCACCCUGCUAUGUGCGGUGUGACUGAAGACGAUGGCUACGAUGAAGACGGAAACGACUACGCGUCACAGAACAACUACCCGGAGACAGAUUAUUACGGUCAGGAUGACGGCCACCAAGACGUUGUGGUCAUCGACGACACGGGCAACCCGAUCGAUGAGAACACGCCAAGAGACGCGUACGUUUCUGAAGACUCGGAGAAGAAGGUGGUGGACUGGUACGAGGAAACGCUUGAUUCUAUGGGAGGUGACACGCAGGAGAACAUGGACGAUCUCGAACGUCAAGCCUGCAUGUUUGAGCACGUUUGCUUGGGUGGUACGAUGGACUACACGCCAGAGUUCAAGGCGAUCUGGAAGGUGACAGCGCCGCGCUGCAAGAUCAUCGUGGACGCCAUUCUCAGCGGUGACGAGACGAUCAAGUACGCGUCGUGGCGGGAGGAGAUGGAGCUGGUUUUCGGUUGCCCCGAGCCGAGCUACACGAAUGAUACGAGCUCGUACUAUGGUGGAUCCUGGGGCUCCUCGGGAUCCGGUUCUUGGGGCUCCUCGGAAUCGGGUUCGUGGAGUAGCACGAGCACCGAUGACGUCGACAAUUCCAACGACACAAUUCAUUUCUCCGAUGUGCUAGACGACCCCGUGACUACUACUGACAUCUCUGAGCCUACCACUGACGUCGUGGAAGACCCCGUGCCAACAACUGAAGUAGUGGAGGACCCCGAACCCACUACGGAAGUCGUGGAGCCUACCACUGAUGUCUUGGGGGACCCCAACGUGGUCAUUACUUCAACGUUGGAUGUCUAAAUACGUAGGGUAUUAUCCUCCUAAAUUCUGGUCCGACUCGGACACCAAGUAAGUCAAUAAAUUGGAUGUGAAUUCUUUUGAUGAACGGUUUGAUUCUUUUUCUAUAAAAAAAAAACAAACUCAAAAG